UGUUUACGCAGAGUAAUCAUGCUUAACGAACAAGUUUGUAAAGUAGAGCGUUCUGAUUCCGUGUUUGGAUUUUUUUUCUGAUUUUAGCUGGCCCGCAGCUCCUGUUCCUUCAUGGCUGGGGUAAACAAGUUGGUGACUUUCUACCUUUGCCUUCUUGUCACUUACGUCGGUGGGCGACUGACGAUGAACGGGAGUCACGAGAAGGCGUUGCGUGACACGCUCUUCCAUUCUGCUCACUACGAUAAACAGAUGAGGCCGGUUCUUCACCCAAGCCUGCCUCUGAACGUCUCCUUCAACAUGCAGCUCAGCAAACUGGUAGAUCUGAAUACAAAAAGCCAGAUCCUUCAGACGGACGUAUGGAUAACUCAGAAAUGGGUGAACCCAUUCCUCACAUGGAAUGUGAGUGAGUAUGGGGGCGUGCACUCUAUUCAUGUGUCACCCCUGGAUGUCUGGGUACCAGACACGGUUCUGUAUAACAGUGGGGAAGGCGUGGUACUCUCUGGCUCCGUAGAGAAGUUCAAGACGGACGUAGUGGUGGAGAGUGACGGUUUGUGCACUUGGAUGUCUCCCGCAACUUUCAAGAGCUCAUGUGUGCUUGACGUCACGUUCUUUCCCUUUGAUACUCAGGUAUGCUCUAUGGUGUUUGGUUCAUGGACGUACGACACCCGUCUUCUUCGCCUGGAGCUUAUGGCUCAGUUACACUCUAAUGCUGAUCACUUCACUGUGAAUGGGGACUGGAAAGUUGAGAAUAUCUCCCUACGCCAGCGCGACACAAACUACACUUGCUGCGCUCACCCCUUCUCCGACAUCGUCUUCUCCUUCGCGUUGGAGCGCCUCCCACUGUACCACGUAAUCUACGUGGUACUACCAUGCGUCAUCAUUGCCGCCCUCACUCUCGUCUGUUUCUACGUCCCCGUGGAAUGCGGCGAGCGCAUCGGUCUCUGUAUCACCAUUCUCCUCGCUAUGAGCGUCUACCUCUUCGUGGUCGCCCAGUCUCUGCCGGAGAACUCCAACACUAUUCCGUUACUAGGGAUCUAUUACAUGGCGACAAUGUGUCAGGUUGGUGCAGCUAUUGUGGCGACUGCUGUUGUUUUAAGGUGUCAUUAUUCACGCUCUGAGCCCCCCAAGAUUUUGGUCAAAUUCGCCUCCUUUUCUUGCGGCAAGAACAACAAUAACAAGCCCCGAAAGGCGAAAGAGAAUCCGAGGUCCGGUCAAGUCACUCCCGAAACGGAAUUGACUGAUUACGAGUCGCCUCCGAAAGGCGGCGAAGAGCCCACCGACCAAGAAAAAUUAGAGGAGCAACGGUCUCACGAGUGGUUAUUGAUUGGAAAGAGGCUUGAUGUCGUGUUUUUCUUUUUGUUUCUCAUCAUGUUCAUCAUUACUCCUCUUGGUGUCUUUUUGCAGAAAGCUCCGCCUGCAGAUAUAUAUUAAGGGCAAUCGAUGCUUACUGCAGAGAAAUCUGUCCUAUUUAUAUAGGUGAUCACACAUUUUCGAGUUCAAUUUGGGCUCGUGCAAUUUUAGCUUGAUGUAAUCAUUACCCUACCCUGGUUUAAGAGCCACGAAAGUCUCUCUAUUUAGUGGCCAGCGUGCUUGAGACGAAGUUCGCUGGCCACUAAAUAGAGAGACGUUCGAGGCUGUGGAACCAGGGUACCAUUGACGCAAAUUAUUUUCAAAUUGCACAAUAAAUCGUUUGAUAACCCUUUUUACAAUAUACAUGGCAAAAUGGGUCAGUACGCAGCUCUUACAAGCUGCAAUUUGAUUGGGCAAAUGAACAAUAUCCGCACCUCGACACAAAAAACGAGAAGAAUAGACAAAAGAACUCCUUUGUAGAACGAAGAUAAUAGGAGACAAAGCAGCUGCGUACUUACUCGGCAAAAUUGUAUAGAAACAGACACAUUAUUUGUGUUAAAAAUGGUCGUAGUUUGAAGAAAAACGGUUGAAAUAUACCAGACAGAGUAUUUUUCAGAGUGCGUUUCCGUUUGUUCUAUUUUUAGUUUUCUUGUGUUCAAUUGUUUGUUCAGUUGUACUGCACUGAAUAACCUUUCUUCUGCACUGAUUUACCUGAAAAUUGCAUUGCUCUCACAAAAUCAGAAUCAAGAAAUUUUGCCAUGUAUAUAUUAAAAAAUGCUUCAAUAAAGUAAACAUUUUAUUCAUUACAUUUACAUAUAAAGUUA